AUGGAGGGCGAGGCGGGCGAGCGGGCUCCGCUGCUCGGCGCCCGGCGGGCGGCGGCGGCGGGCGGGGCGUUCGCGGGCCGGCGCGCGGCGUGCGGGGCGGUGCUGCUGGCCGAGCUGCUGGAGCGCGCGGCGUUCUACGGCGUCACGGCGAACCUGGUGCUGUUCCUGAACGGCGCGCCGUUCGGCUGGGAGGGCGCGCAGGCCAGCCAGGCGCUUCUGCUCUUCAUGGGCCUCACCUACCUGGGCUCGCCGUUCGGAGGCUGGCUGGCCGACGCCAGGCUCGGCCGGGCGCGCGCCAUCCUCCUCAGCCUGGCGCUCUACUUGGUGGGCAUGCUGGCCUUCCCGCUGCUGGCCGCGCCCCGCGCGCGCGCCGCGCUGUGCGGGGACCCGCGGCCCGAGCGCGUGCGUAACUGCUCGGCGCCGCACCCCAACGGCAGUGCCGAGUGCCCCGACGCCGACGCGCGCCGCUGCGCGCCCGCCACCUUCGCGGGGCUGGUGCUCGUAGGGCUCGGCGUGGCCACGGUCAAGGCCAACAUCACUCCCUUCGGUGCUGACCAGGUCAGAGACCGAGGUCCAGAAGCUACUCGGAGGUUUUUUAAUUGGUUUUACUGGAGCAUUAACUUGGGAGCCAUCCUUUCAUUAGGAGGCAUUGCCUAUGUUCAGCAGAAUGUGAGCUUUUUCAUGGGCUACCUGAUCCCCACAGUCUGCGUGGCAGUUGCUUUCCUGGUCUUCCUCUGUGGCCACAGUGUCUUCAUCACCAAGCCCCCUGAUGGCAGUGCCUUUACAGAUAUGUUCAGGAUACUGACCUAUAGCUGCUGUUCCCAGAGAAGUGGGCGGCGCUGGAGCAGCAGUGAAGGCAUUGGAGUCUUUCAGCAAUCUUCUAAACAAAGUCUGUUUGAUUCAUGUAAGAUGUCCCAUGGAGGGCCGUUCACAGAAGACAAAGUAGAAGACAUGAAAGCCCUGGUCAAGAUUGUGCCUGUGUUCUUGGCUCUGAUUCCUUACUGGACAGUGUACUUUCAAAUGCAGACCACAUAUGUUUUACAGAGUCUUCAUUUGAAGAUUCCAGAAAUCUCAAGUAUUAGCACAGCCCACCACACGUUCCCGGCAGCCUGGCUUACCAUGUUCGACGCGGUGCUCAUCCUCCUGCUCAUCCCACUCAAGGACAAGCUGGUGGACCCCGUCCUUAGGAGACAUGGCCUGCUUCCAUCCUCCCUCAAGAGGAUUGCCGUGGGCAUGUUCUUCGUGAUGUGUUCCGCCUUUGCCGCUGGCAUCCUGGAGAGUAAAAGACUGGACCUUGUGAAAGAGAAAACCAUCAACCAGACCAUUGGUGGUGUGGUGUACCAUGCUGCUGACCUGCCCAUCUGGUGGCAGGUCCCGCAGUACGUGCUGAUUGGCAUCAGUGAGAUAUUUGCAAGUAUAGCAGGUCUAGAGUUUGCAUAUUCAGCUGCCCCCAAGUCCAUGCAGAGUGCCAUCAUGGGUCUGUUCUUCUUCUUCUCUGGCGUCGGGUCAUUUGUGGGCUCAGGACUGUUGGCACUAGUGUCUGUCAAAGCCAUUGGGUGGAUGAGCAAUCAUACAGACUUUGGAAACAUCAAUGGCUGUUACCUGAACUACUACUUCUUCCUCCUGGCUGCCAUUCAAGGAGCUACCCUCCUGCUCUUCCUCGUUGUUUCUGUGAAGUAUGACCGCCAGCGCUUCAGGGCAGAUGCAGGGUCUGCCAGUGGGAGGGCAUGAUACUGCUGAGUCCCAUGUUGUUCACUAGAUCUCCAGACUCCUGAGGCCUCAGGGCUCCAAGGUGCCAAGAGCAGGCAACAUGGUAGAACACAGGGUCAGGAGGUGUCUGACUUCCCUAACUUGCAUUUUACCUGAACUGGUUUCUCCCUUCCUUCUGCCCAGAUGAACUAGGUAAGUGCCUUACUAUGGUAUGCCUCUGAUAUUCUCAGCCCUCUGAGAAGUGCAGGUUCCAGCGAUGCUUGUCGUUAGUCCUCUGCUAGUCCUGAGCUGGGAUUCAUGUGCCAAGUCCUGAGGACUACAUUAACCUGUCAGUUAGCAUCCUGAUUUCUUAAACACUUACUAUUACUUCCUCCCCACAAAGUAGAGUGUCUCUGUAAAAUUAACAAGAAUUUAUAUUGAGGAAUGGGAAGGUUCUUUUUAGUGAUAAGAGUAUGGCCAAAUGCUAUGGCAAAGGCCAGAUUGAUGGUGUUCAUGUUCCUAAGCCACAAGUCUUGCCAAGCCUCUUGAUGCCAUCAGUAGUGCAUAUCUCUCUCAAUGGCUGUGUAAAAAAUAUGUUUUAUUGAGACAAGGUCUCUCUGAGUAAACCAGGCUGGCCUCAAACUUGGGGCAAGUCCCCUGUCUUUGUUUCCCAAGUGCUGAGAGACAGGCAUGUAUUGCCAUGGCCUGUAAAACAAUUCUUGAAAUACUGACAUAACUGUCUCUUAAGUAGGAAAAUGCAUCAGUAAUCACUCAAGACCACAUGCCCCUCCAGAACCACAUAGCAACUAGGAGAUUUUAAAUGUGCCUAGUCAGUCCUUAUUUAUAAUUUUAUUCUGCAUACAACCCAAGCUGAAAGCUGGUGAGGAAUCACCUGAUAGGAUCAGUGAAAUGGAAGAUGUGGCCUUGAGCACUAUCAAUGUCACUGACCUUGUAUUAUUACUGAUGUAGUUGGGGUUCUAAGCAUGUUAACAAAACUGCUGUGUGUUUGUUGCUGUAUUUUUGGUAUAAUUUUAUUAUAAAAGCUUCUCCGGUGUGAGUUGA